AUGAACUUUGCUGCCCGUUUCUCGGUAUUUCUGCUCCUCGCACAGCAUGUGGCGGGAAUGCCAAUUAAAGUGGACAAGACACCUUCGUUCGAUGUCACCUUGAGCCAAGUGGACAACACUCGCAUCAAAGCGGUGGUCACAAACACCGGCCACGACGAUGUGACAUUUGUGCACCUCAAUUUCUUUCGAGACAGCGCCCCCGUGAAGAAGGUCACCAUUUACCAAACCGAUGUGGAAGUUGCCUUUGAGGGAAUCAAACGUCGUUUCAGAUUGCAGGGUCUUAGUCCGGAGGCGCUCACGACGCUGGCCGCAGGCGAGAGCCUAGAAGAUGAGUUCGACAUCGCCACAACGAGCGACUUGUCCCACGGCGGCUCCGCGACUUUGCGCUCCAGUGGUCUAGUGCCGCUUGUCGAGGGAGACUCCGUCUUCGGCUAUCUGCGCUACCGCUCCAAUAGCCUGACGAUCGAGAUUGAUGCGGUCAGGGCAUCGCAAGUCGCCAAGGCUGUCGCACCAUUGAUGCGCCGUACAAAUCUGAGCUGCAGUAACUCAACUCGGAAGGGGAUCAUGGAUAAAGCCUUGAACAAUACUGUGUCACUGGCUACCGCCGCUGCCCAUGCCGCGCUUUUUGGUUCCACGACCAAGUUCAGUGAGUACUUCAAAACCACGGCUAACGCGUCGCGUCAAGUGGUCGCUGCACGACUGCAGGCCGUAGCCAAGGAAGCCGAGUCGACGACAUCAGGGGCUACCACGUAUUACUGCGACGACGCGUACGGAUAUUGUGAGACAAACGUGCUUGCCUAUACGCUGCCAGCCUUGAACGUCAUCGCCAACUGCGACAUCUACUACUCCUACCUGCCCGCCAUGUCAGUUGGCUGCCAUGAUCAGGACCAAGCCACUACAUCCCUUCAUGAAUUCACUCAUGCGCCGGGCGUGUACAGCCCGGGCACCGAGGACCUGGGCUAUGGCUUUGCAGCGGCCACUGCUCUUAGCAGUGGCGAUGCUUUGAAGAAUGCUGACACGUAUGCUCUAUACGCAAAUGCAAUCAACCUGGGAUGUUGA